GCGCAGGCGCAAGCUCCGCCCCCUCGCACGCCCUAUAACGGUGGGCGCGCUCUCGCGAGACCACGUCCGUGGCUUCGCGAUGGAGGAGUCAUGCCCCGGCACUGCUCGGCCGCGGGCUGCUGCACCCGCGACACGCGCGAGACCCGGACCCGCGGGAUCUCUUUCCACAGGCUACCCAAGAAGGACAACCCUCGCCGAGGACUCUGGCUGGCCAACUGCCGGCGCCUGGACCCCAGCGGGCAGGGGCUCUGGGACCCGGCGUCUGAGUAUAUCUACUUCUGCUCCAAGCACUUUGAGGAGGACUGCUUUGAGCUGGUGGGGAUCAGUGGCUAUCAUCGGUUGAAGGAAGGGGCUGUUCCCACCAUCUUUGAGUCAUUCUCCAAGCUGCGACGGACAUCGAAGGCUAAGACGCACGGGUACCACCCCGGCUCUCCCGACCUUUCCCGGCUCAGAAGGUGCAGGCGCCGCUGCUCCACGGGACGGGCACCCCCUCCCCCUGUGAAUAACGCCCUGGUGAACGGGCCCACUCCCGUCGAUGUCCCCUGCUUCCCUGGGGAGGAGCUGCCCGCCCCGAAGGCCCCCGCUCCCCCGGUGAGCCUGCCGGCUCUGCCUCCUUCGCCAGCCCCCAGUGGCCUCGUGAGCCCUUUCUCUGACCUUCUGGAGCCCCUGGAGCCUCACGGGGAUGAAGCAAGUUGCGGGACCCCACUGUCCCCGGAGCGGGAGCCCUCACCCUCGGCAGCCCGGCCCGUGUCCCCUUCGGCCUACAUGCUGCGGCUGCCGCCCCCGGCCGGGGCCUACAUCCAGAAUGAGCACAGCUACCAGGUGGGCAGCGCGCUGCUGUGGAAGCGACGGGCGGAGGCGGCCCUGGACGCCUUGGACAAAGCCCAGCGCCAGCUACAGGCCUGCAAGCGAAGGGAACAGCGGCUGCGAUUGCGGAUUGCACGGCUGCAGCAGGAGCGGGCACGGGAGAAGAGGACCCACGCGGAUGCGCGGCAGGCCCUGAAGGAGCAGCUGCAGGGCCUCGAGCUGCAGUGAAGGGGCUGUGUCUCCCCUGCCAGGCAGCUGCUCUCUCCCAGAGGCCAGAGGAGUGCGGGCCUGCCCUGGGACCCCUGCCCCAAAGGGCCCCGGCCUGAGGCCGCCUAGGCGCCACCGGUGUCCAUCUCAGGCUUUUGGCUCCAUGGUAGUUCUGGGAUCUUAAGCUCUCCUGCCCGGGUUUCUCUGCCCACCUGCUCCAGGCACAGUCUGUCCACCCCUGCCUGGGUCCAGGCUCAGAGUAGCCAGGGCAGGUGAGGCCGGGGGCUGCCCACAGUGGGCAGCAGAAGGGAAAAAACCAGCUGGAAAUCAGGGCUUUGUUUCACUUGCUCUCAUGUCAAACUGUUCCCUGAUGGCAAGUAAAGACCCUUGGAGACCCA